AUGUACUAUUCACUAUGGAUUUCAUUAUUGUUCCUUGUUCAUAUUACACAAGGAUCCGACGCCAACGACUACUUCAUCAACCCGUCCUCCGGCAACGACAUCAACCCGGUGUGGACCCUCGGCGAGGAACAAGUCAUAAAAUGGGAGACCACUCUAGGAGUAUUCAACAUUUCCUUCUGGCAGCAGAGCCUAGUUGAAGAAAGCGCCGCCAGUCAAGGCAAUAUCUACUCCAAGAUCCAUUCCACCGACCAAGUCACCAAUUUCACCUGGGUCGUCCAAUUGUACGGCUUCAGUUUGGAUUACUCCAACGUCUUCUUCUUGUGGAUCAACUCCGAUGACCCCGGCGGGUUUGUGUCGACCUAUUUCAACAUCACGGAGCCGACCACGACUACCACUUCCAGUGCGACAGCAACUGCCACCUCAGCCAAAGCUCUCAAUACGACUUCUUCACCUAGUACUACCAUUGCAGCUGCACAAUCCACUGCGCCUGCAUCCAGUACCGCACAACUAACCCCUACGGAGCAAAUAGCCCUUGGGGUGGGAAUUGGGAUUGGCGUACCUGUUCUUGCGGCCCUGGGUGCGCUGGUAUGGCUCAAGGCACGAUCAAACAAGAACCUUGCAAUGGCUGCUGCGUCCGGUACGAUGCACCCAGGUGCGAUGCAUGCUUCUUGGCCCGGGAUGCGGCAACCACAGCCGCUGCCGCCGAAGGAGAUGCAGGGGUCGGAUCCGAGGGGUUCUUAUCCUGAAUUGGCGGGACAAGAAUAUCGGUAG